AUGAAGCUGAAGGAGUUUUCGGGUAACUACGAUGAGUGGGAAUCAUUUAGCGAUUUAGUUAUCUCUUUGAUCCAUACGAACCAACAGCUGACAAUGGUUCAAAAACUAUAUUACUUGCGAGCAUCAGUUACGGGUGAAGCUGCUCGUAUGAUUUCAGCAUUUGAUCUUACUGCAAACAAUUACUUAGUCGCGUGGAACGUCUUGAAGGAUCGGUUCGAAAAUAAGCAUAUGUUGAUUAAACGUCAUAUGGCCGGUUUACUCGGCAUUGUUCCAUUGAAAAGAGAAUCUUCGUCUGGUUUGUUGGACUUGGCGGACGAAUUUAACCGUCACGUGCAACUUUUGGAUAAACUUGAGGAAGUAGAACACCACUGGAAUUCUUUCUUAGUUGAAAGACUAAGCAGCUGCCUUGAUCCUAACUCUCUCCGUGAAUGGGAGACACAAUCUGCGGGUGUUGCUAAUGUCACUUACAAGCAAAUCCUCGAGUUCAUCCAAAAAAGAUCUCGCAUUUUACAAACAUUGAUGCUCUCCCAACCUUGCAACAAUUUGUUAAUAGAAAGCAAGCCGCGGUCACGGGUACCGUUGGCGUAUGUAGGCACAUCGAACACUACCACGUGUAUGUACUGUAAACAAUCACAUUUUUUGUUCCAGUGUGAGAAAUUCCACAAUCUCACACCACACGAGCGAUUCGAUUUAGUAAAAAGACACAAUCUUUGCAUAAAUUGUCUCAAGGGAAAUCAUUUGGCGAGAGAUUGUACCAGUGGAGUAUGCAAAACAUGCGGCAAAAAGCAUCACUCUCUCUUGCAUUUACCACCAUUACCGACGUCCAUCGCUCCAGCUAAUGGCGGUCAACUGGUUCAACAAAGCUCUUUCGCCCGCUCGAACUUGUCGGAAGAAUGUCAAUUAUCGCAAUUCGAUUCGGUCGAAAGCUCUCGGUUGGUUGAGCUUCCGGAUGCCUCACCACUGAACACGUCGGUUCUCGCAUCGUCAUCGUCGGUCGAAACUACCUCUCCAUCGUCGCCGGUAGCAUCGUUCGAUUUUACUUCACCUCCCACAGCAUGUCAAAGUACGAAGAUAGUUCCAGACAAUCAAGCCACCGUUCUUCUGUCUACCGCUGUUAUAAAGGUCCGAGAUUCGGACAACAAAUUUCAGUUUGCUAGGGCGCUGUUGGAUAGUGACUCUCAGCCAAGCUUUAUAUCAGAAGUCCUAUGCCAAAGACUCAAUCUGUGUCGAACGCUUAGAUGCUGGAUAUCCCCUACUUCAGAAAACAGUGCUUGGGUUCAUCGUUUGCGGCAAGACGAGGCUCUCGACGCUCAACUAGAACGUUUUUGGGGAAUGGAGGACCUAGAUAACUACAAGGCGUAUACUGCGGACGAGCAGUUCUGCGAAGAUCAUUUUUGUCAAACCGUGUCGAGGGACGAUGAUGGUCGCUUUAGGUUGGCUGCCAAUGAAAACAUCCGCCAAGAAUACUUGCAGUUCAUGCAGGAGUAUGAAAAACUUGGGCAUAUGGAGGUGAUUUCGCGCGCGGUUAACGGUCCACAGUUUUUCCUCCCACAUCAUGCUGUUCACCGUCCAGAAAGUACAACCACGAAGACUCGGAUUGUAUUUGAUGGGUCAUGCCGGGGAACAAACAACCUCCCGAUCAACGAAGCUCUGGUCGCUGGUCCAACAAUUCAACCUGUUUUGUACUCGACGGUUAUCAAUUUCCGUAAGCCACGCUUUGUUGUGACUGCUGACGUCGAAUAA